AAUUACCUUUCCAGACCAUCGUUUUAAUGUGAAGGAAAAACCCUAAGAACAAUUCUUUCUCUAUCACACCAUAAAUCGCUCCCCUUUUGUUUGUGUUUUAGGUUUGCCGAAACCAAACAAGGAGAGACGCAAUCAAAGGUUUCCACUGUCAUGGCUAACAACAGCAACACUGUGACUAGGUCGUUCCUACAGGUAGCAUCAACGGAGGAGGUUGCUCCACCUCUUCGAGUUGUUCAGAUCGAGGGACUGGUUAUAUUGAAGAUAAUUAAACAUUGCAAAGAGUUCUCUCCGGCUUUGGUUACCGGUCAGCUUCUUGGUCUGGAUGUUGGCAGUGUUCUUGAAGUUACCAAUUGUUUCCCUUUCCCGAUUCGCGAGGAGGAUGAAGAGAUUGAAGCUGAUGGUGCUAAUUACCAACUUGAAAUGAUGAGAUGCUUGAGGGAGGUUAAUGUUGACAAUAACACUGUUGGAUGGUAUCAAUCAACAUUGUUAGGGUCUUUCCAAACGGUGGAAUUGAUUGAGACAUUUAUGAAUUACCAGGAAAAUAUCAGUCGCUGUGUCUGUAUAAUUUAUGAUCCUUCAAGAUCCGAGCAGGGUGUCUUAGCUCUCAAGGCCUUGAAACUUUCUGAUGCUUUCAUGGAGCUGUACCGCAAUAAUAAUUUUACUGGGGAGAAAUUGAGAGAGCGAAACUUGUCAUGGGUUGAUAUCUUUGAGGAAAUUCCUAUCAAAGUUUCUAAUUCUGCACUUAUCAGUGCCUUUAUGUCCGAGUUAGAGACUGAUUCACCUGUUACUCAGUGUGAUUAUGACCGCCUGCAAUUAUCAACCAACCCAUUUUUGGAGAGGAAUGUCGAAUUUUUGGUCGAAUGCAUGGAUGAAUUGUCAAUUGAACAGCAGAAGUUCCAAUUUUACUAUCGGAACCUUUCACGGCAGCAAGCUCAGCAGCAAACAUGGCUUCAGAAGAGAAGGUCAGAGAACAUGGCACGUAAAGCUGCAGGGGAGGAGCCUUUGCCAGAGGAAGAUCCUUCAAACCCGAUCUUUAAGCCAAUACCUGAGCCAUCGCGCCUAGAUAGCUUUCUCAUCACCAAUCAAAUUUCCAACUUUUGCAACCAAAUCAAUGGGGUUGCUGGGCAAAGCUUCAGCCGGUUGUACCUGAUGAAGGCUUUACAAGACAAUUGAUGUUAAUUCAGGCUAAAAGUGUAUUAUUUGGAGGGUCUUCCCUGUUUGAAAAUGAAAAAUUUUGGAGAGAAAGGAAGCUAUACACGACGGAUCAUUAUCAACCGUUUUGAAAGUGGCUGUAGAAUGGUAGUUUAGUUUUGCUCUUCUUUUUUUCCUUUUUAUAUACGAUUAAUUUGGGGUAUUAUUGUUCAAUUGACUAUUACGCUUGACUCCUUUAAAAAGCAAAUCUGGAUGUGCUUGGAAGUCUUUUCUCUAUGUGCGGAUGUGGCAGAGUCGGGAUUUUCCGGUUAUACCUGUCGGAGUUUUACCAUAAUUUAGCACAAAAUUGACUCUUGA